AUGGAUGCUGAUGGUUCGAUAUAUUAUAACGAUAAAUCAGAUCAAUUAGUGUUUAGUAUAACGCAAAAAAACAAAUAUUUAUUAGAUCCUUUAUUAAUAUUAUAUUCAGGUAGAAUUGAAAUAAUUGAUUCUAGACAAGCUUUUCAAUAUUCUAUUUACAGAAAACCCGAAAUUUUGUAUAUUAUAGACAACUACUUUAAAAGAUAUCCUUUAAUGUCAAAUAAAAGGAAAAAGAUUGAUCUAAUUAAAAAAUUAUAUGAGGUAAAUUCAGGAUCAGUAGAAAAAAUACAUUUAAUAGAAAAAAUAAAUUAUAAAUAAGUUAUUAUAUUUAUAAUGUUAGAAAAGUAGCGUAGAAGCUAUCGGUAAAAUACUAUAGCCAAUUCGCAGAUAACCAAAGCUCUUAAUUAUUUUUAUAAUAAUUAUAUUAAUAAUAGCUUUUUUAAUUCAUUUUUCAUUAUUUAUAUAAUGCGACAUUACUUUAUAAAUUAUAUAAUGUCAGUACAAUGAAAAGCUAUUAUUUUAAGUUAGUUAGUAGGAAUCUCAGAGGCCAUACGUUUGAUAUUAACCCUUAAUCUAAAUAUAAAGGAUUUAUUUCUAAGGGUUAAUAAAGAAAUGGUCCAAAUUAUAUGUUUAACGUAUAUAUAUAGCAUUGUGAAUGGAUUAAACUUUUUAUGUUUCUUAGGGAUUCUCGAAAUAUACCGUUAUCAUGCCCGGGGGCAGAAGUUCUACAUCUGGGUUUUUUCAAUAUUAAUGAAUGAAUUGAUUAUGCCCAACAGAAAGGAUCCACAUUUUUAGAAGAUGUUUUACUGGACUUAAGAGAAAAAAUUGGGGGUACUUCAGAAUCUAAAAAAAAAGCCACAAAAGGAUUAGAUGAAUUAAUGCAACAAAAAUACAGUAAUACAGCUAAUCCUCGCGAAAAACACACAAAUGAAGAGGGUUCUCUCACUAACUUGGAGAUUAAUCGGGGAAAAAUAGUCGCAGCCGCGAAUUUUAAAAAUCGAUUAGAAAAAGAAGUGCCUUCUAGUCAUACAACACCUGAAGAUAGUGAAGUUGAGGAUAAUGAAGUUGAAUAAAAAUAAAUGUAUAUGUAUUAAUCAAAUAAUUCGCAAUUAGGGAUGAUGGUGAUAGCAGUAGGAUUGUCUUCUUAUAAUGUAGCUUUAUUCCACUUAGUUAAUCAUGCCUUUUAUAAAGCAUUAUUAUUCUUAGGUGCAGGAGCUGUAAUUCACGCAGUUGCCGAUAAUCAAGAUUUUAGAAAAUAUGGUGGUUUAAAAGCAUAUUUACCUUUAACAUAUUCUGUUAUGUUAAUAGCUAGUCUUAGUUUAGUUGCCUUCCCUUUUAUGACUGGGUUCUAUAGUAAAGAUUUUAUUUUAGAAUCUGCUUACGGACAAUUUUACUUUAGUGGUAUAGUUGUUUACUUUAUAGCCACUAUUGGUGCUAUGUUUACUACUUUGUAUUCAGUUAAAGUUUUAUAUUUAACUUUCUUAACUAAUCCUAAUGGGCCUAUGAUUAAUUAUUAUCAUCUAAAAUCCCAUGUAUUGAACUAUGAUAAAAGAGCCCACGAAGGUAAUAUAUUUAUGAGUUUACCUUUAAUAAUAUUAGCUGUAUUCUCAAUAUUCUUUGGUUAUAUAACUAAAGAUAUCUUUAUAGGGUUAGGUUCAGGUUUCUUUGCGGAUAAUAGUUUAUUUAUUCAUCCUACACAUGAAAUAAUGUUAGACACUGAAUUUGCUGUACCGACUUUAUUUAAAUUAUUACCUCUAGUAUUUACUAUUUCACUUAGUGUUUUAGCUAUAGUUCUAUCAGAAUUUCUACCUAAAAUACUUAUUUCUUUUAAAUUUACUAGAUUAGGUUACAAUAUAUUUGGAUUCUUCAAUCAACGUUUCUUAAUUGA